CCAGAUUCUAACGCCUUUUUAGGACCGCUUCAAAUGCCCCCAAAUGAAAUCUUUGACGAUUUCGAGGAGCAGGGCCAGAGUCUCCUGGGAAGUUUACACUUGGACGCUGAAGAUGAACCGGCAAGACGGGGCGCAGCUUCUAGAGCGAAUAGUGUUCGUUUCGACGAGAGUGCUCUUCAGGGUGCAAGCUGGGCGCAAAAUGGUCGCCACUCAGGCGACUUCGGUCCAAUCAGACCCGGCAGUGGCCUUGGCAACCAUAACAUGAUGGAACGCUCCCUGUCUCAUAAAUCAGAUGGUAGGCACAGCUCCGCCGGCCAUUCAGUCCACUCGGUUCACUCUCAUCACUCCAUCGCCUCCGGACGCGGAAGUAGCUUAGGUAUAGACACUACGUUUACACCUGCAGGCCAGGACGAUGAUUCUCCUAUUGGGAUUCCAGAGCCGCCACCGAGCCUGUUCGUGUUAGGCUCUGUACCUUCAAUCAUCCGAUGUUGGCUUACCGCCAACUUUGCGCACGAUACUCUGCUCUACGCAGUCGUUUGCACCGGAUCGCAAAAGUCGGUCGUUGAAUUUUCGCUCAUAAGGGAGUUGGACUUGACAGGUGAUAUUCAUCGCGAUUUGGAUGGUGUUCACCGAAUCCGUCUACCCGUGUACCUAACAGAGGCAACUGUGUCACAACCGAGUUCUCGAGGGAUGAGUCCAGCUCCACAGAUACCAAGUCUGGCUUGCACGUUUGAAGUAGCCGGGAUAGAUGUACCCGACAACACGGAAUCCAAGAAGAACAUCCGCAUUUUUAUUGGUAGCGAGACGUUGAGAGCGCAUUGCGCCGAUAUUCUCUUCUCUCAGAAUCGCAUGACGCUAUAUAGCAGUGAACGUGAGAAGCUGUCGGUUCCCUUCGUACGUCCUGAAGAUAAUGGGGUCUUCAAGCAUAUACGGACUAUGGUUGUCUUCCCAGAAAAACCAAAGUUGAAUGCCACGGCCCGCCCAUUCGUUUUGGGCGAAGCUAAGUCGCAAACAACCACGACCACGGUGUCAGACCGAGUCCAGACGAGAGAAGCACGUGGGGAGGAUGAUGCUCGAGCACUUGCAUCGCCAUCUUCGGAACAAGCAAGUCAGCAGGCCGUAGCUACCGGGACAAGCAGCAUAUCGGAAAGCGGCGGUGAAAGUGAGAGGCACUAUAAGGAGAUAGGCAAUUCGGAGUCAGGAACGAAGGAGUCCCAAGCCCGGCCGAACGAUACACCAAGUGAUCACCAGCGGCGAUCCUCAGCGGCGGGGAGCAUUUGGAAUUCGUGGCGCCAUGGACCUACUCUGAACGGUAACGAGCAAAAAGAUGCUUCUCCGCUGAGUGGCUACCAACCUCCUGGGCGUGGGGGUAGAAAUAUGAAAGUUCUGAAACCAGCCAAGUCUUCGGGGUCGUUUUCAUCGACACGAACAGGAGCAUCUUACGAACCAGCUUCGAUACCCAAAAGUAACGUUGAACUUAGACGUAAAAGCCAAGUCGGAGCAGACAGUGUUAGCAAUAGCAGUACGAGUACAAGUAUCCGAUGGGAAUCGAAGCGAACGGUACCUAGCAGCAUUGAACCGAAAGCGACCUCAGCUACACGUGAGGCUCGAAGCGUAUUGGGAACGCCGCGUACGUCGACAAAUCCUAUAGGAAGCGCAUCGGCCUUUUCAUGGAUGAGUUCGUCGGGUAAGCCAAGGACACCGACUGCGGCAGCUGAGCAAAGAGCAGCACACUCAGACACGAGUGAGAUUUCUAUGAGAUAGCGGAGUGGCGCUCGAUAUGACGGUUUGCUGAGCUUAUGUGUUAAUGCUCGCUGCCAUGAUUCAAGUAGUCCUACUUGGUUGUAGGUAGAGAUGGCUAAGAAAAGAAUAAAAAU